AUCACGUUAAAGGAUAAAAAUCCGCCAUGAUUGAUAUAAGCGAGGCGGUGCUGAUAGCCCACAAAUAAGUUCGAAUUAAUUGCAAAAUUGCGAAUUUUUGCGGUGUUUAUUUUUACGAAUAGUUAGGAAAUUAAUCUUUAAACGAUAUUAUUCGUUAAAAUUUGUCGUAAAUUAUUUUUUUAGUCGACGUUAUCGCCGAAUUGUAUCGAAGUGCUUCGUCAUUGUAGGACGGGUCCAUUUGCAUGGAAGGGGUGUUCAGAAUGAAUAAGCUCACUUUCAGGGCCAAGGCGCUCGACUCCAACAAGCCUUUACAAGUUUUCGUUGGAGACGAUAUUCCAGACUCCACAGAUUUUGUGACGGCCAACCGGACGGUGCCUGAAAUGCCGACCGGAAUGGAAAAAGAAGAGGAAACGCAACACCACUUGCAAAAAGCACUUAUCAGCCAGCAAUCGUUUGGCUUGGUUAAUCGACUCAUCAUUCCUGUCCCCGAUGUCAAAGUUAUUGACGAACGGUACAAACAAACUUAUUCCUCGAGGUCGAAGUUUCAGUUACCGAAGAAAUUCAUCCAUGUCCAACCUUCAUCAACGGACCAAGAUGUUCCUGAUUAUGAUAUGGAUGAGGAGGAUGAGGAAUGGCUGAUGAGCCAUCCUCUGACCAAUCAGAAACUUCUUAACGAUCCAAUCAGGUUUGAAUGUGUGAUGGAUAAACUUGAGAAAAGCAGCAGCCAUACUGUUAUAUCAUUACCUGAAGCCAAGGCCCUGAUAAAAGAAAAGGAUGACGUCAUCAUCGCCAUUUACGAUUACUGGCUGACUAAAAGGCUUAAACAACAGACCAAACUUCAACAUCUAAUAAAAUUGGAAAGGAAAGAGUUGGCAGCAACUGCAGCUGCUUCAUCAUCAACGUCCGCUGCAACGACGUCGACAACACUUCUCAGCAGCAGCUGCAUUGGUGGUGGUGGUAGUAGUGGCAGCAGCAUUAGUAACGUCCAUUCAAUCAAUCCUUAUGUGGCUUUCAGAAAGAGAGCUGAAAGAAUGCAGACGAGGAAAAAUCGAAAAAAUGAUGAACAGUCGUACUUGAAGAUGCUGAAAGUGAAGGAUGGUCUAUUGAAAACAAUGUCUCUAUUGAAGAUGCUGAGACAGAGGGAGAUUCUCAAAAAGGCACAAGUGCAAAUCAAAAGUGAUCUGUUUAUAAAGCGCUACGAGCAGUCUGACUGGUCUGGCAGCCAAUUAGAAGAGGCCAUUCAAAAAUUCAAAUCAACCCGCCCCGUCAGCCGACCAAUCACAAUUCAGAGCACAAACUCUUAUACCUCAUCUAACAACAGAUGCCAUAAUAACAAUAACCUUAUAUACAAUGAGACUUACGGGCCUAACAUCUACCACAACGACGUUAAUAACAGUAAUAACAAUAAUUUUCAUAAGAAUAAUAGUAAUAAUAACAAUGUGCAAAGCCAUAGGCCGCAGAAAAAUCAAAAAUCGCAAAAAAAUUAUCUCAAAUCCACUCACAAGAAACACUAUCACACUCACCACCACGGCCAUUAUCACCAUCAUCUUCAUCGUCACACGUUUGCUCGCAACACCACUGAUAAUGAUAUCCACUUGUCAGAUAAUGAUAGCAAGAAUGACGACGACGAUGACUAUGUUUGUGAUAGAAAUAAUAAUAACAACAACAACAAUAAUAAUAAUAAUAACAGUACUGCCGAUAAAGGUGAUGUUAUCACUCUAACUAAAUCUUUAACACUGUUCCCUACCUCUGUCAUGGACAGCCGACAGGACGACGAUGACGACGAUGAUGUGAAUGUUGAUGAUGAUUUCACGGGUGAUGAUAAUGAUGAGGCGUCAAUGGAUGGAAGGUUUGCCUUUCGGAGGAAAAAAGGAUGUUUGUAUUACGAUGUUAUUCCAUUUUUAUCCUUCCAUUUCUCUGCAAACGACCACUCGUCGACUGACAAUACUGUGUUUUCCAGAUGUCCAAGACAGCAGAGGAAUCAAAAUUUCUCAUUGGUCAGCAUUGAUGAAUCUCAUCGCAGGAUUGGUCAAUUGAGACAGCGAAUAGGAAGAGGAGGAAGAGUUAUAUGGGACAGAAGUCCAUACGAGCCAAAUGAGUGGCAGUCACAUCAACCACCUCAUCGACAUCAGCCACAAAAUCAGCAACAGCAGCCACACCGGCCACAUGUAUACACCAGACACAAACAAGUUAGAAGCACCGGCAACGAUGAUGUCAGUGGCCAUCAUAACAGUUUGAAACGUGAAGGCUUCUUAAACAGCGACGUCAUGGACAGCAACUUCUGCUUCUCGACAUUUUUAGACGACUACACAUCCGACGACUGCAACGUCAAAGUUGAAGAUGUAGAGGUGGAUGUCGUCUCCGACGACAAAACUUUUUUCAGCAACUUCGAGGACGGCAGCAUUUCAACAUCCGACGACAACUGCAGCAACAUGAGCAGCUUGAACGUCAUCACGUCGUCGUCGUCGUCAUCAAGAACGGCACGCGGUCAACAGAGCUGUUCGUCAUUUUUAAAACGGAAAUGCACGUCGAGGACCGGAUCAGCUGACAGUGGCAUAUCAUCGCCGUCGCUCCCUGCCUCAUCCGUGUCGCCGUCGUUAUCAACCUAUCUACCUCAAUCAUCAUCUCUAUCAUCAUCUUCAUCAACAUCAUCUUCAUCAACAUUAUCUUCAUCAUCGUCAUCUUCAUCAUCGUCAUCUUCAUCAUUAUCAAAUAAGUCCUCGUCGUCUUCACUGGUGACCAGGGUUGCGAUAUGUUCAGAUAAUAAAUGUAAAACUAAUAACAAUAAUAUUAUCUGUAAUCAUUUGCCUCGUCAUCAUCAUGACGACAACAAUAAUAAUAAUAAUUAUAAUAAUAAUAAUAAUAAUAACAUAAGCGGGGAUAUUAACAACACUAACAAUGAUAACAAGUUCUGUGAUAUAACGAAUCAUACUAACGUCGACAGCUCGUACGAAAGUCUAAACAGACCUCAAUUUACGGAGAGCAAAUAUUUAAAAGUGAACAACCACAAAAGAUUAAAAAUAGAGGAAGAGGUGAGUAGCAGCGGAGGCACGAAGAACAUCAGAACAACUUCGAUGGCAACUGGCCGACAGAUCGCUACUUUGUCUUUCAAAAACGAAAAGAUUAACAAAGUCCAUAGCAACAACAACAGUAAUAACAUUAACAGUAAUAACAUUAACAGUAAUAACAUUAACAGUAAUAACAUUAACAGUAAUAACAGUAACCACAACAAUAAAUAUCUGCUGGUAAAUGAUAGCAGAUACAACUUUAUAGCCGUGGUGACGAAUGAAGAUUUUCUUAAGAAGAACAAUGAAACUAUCUCAGCUCUAGAUUUGAUAUGAGAAUAAUAAUGAUAAAACAUUAAAUCCUAUUAUUACUAUUAUUAUUAUAGUUAUUAUUAUUAUUAUCAUCAUCACCAUCAUUAUUACUUUGUCGUCGUCAAGGUAGCGAUAAUAUCCUAGAAUCUAGAUGAUGGUAAUGGUGAUACUUGGUGUAAUUUGAAAUCCACAAUUGUCCUUUGUAACGGAAUGGGUAUGUUGUCAUUGCAAUGUAGUUACGAUUGAUUGUGUUUGCCUGUUAUGCGCCAUUAAGUAUAAUUUUGUUACUGAAUAUUUUUAUCAUUGUGUGACUCGUAUGUUGUGAAUGGCUUUGAAAAGUGCUUGUUCGUUCGUUUGGUUGUUUAUAUGUGUGUAUGUAUGCACUAUCGGAUGUGUGUAUGUCUCUUGUUUUUGAUUUAUUUACCAGCUGAUUAUUUUGUCGUUUCGAUUGAUUGAUUAUAUGGCUGAUUGAUUGAUUGGCUGGUUGUUUAUGCUUAAUUUUUUAUAACACAAUUGAAUGAAUGAAGUUUACUUACUUUAAAUAUCGAAAUAAUAACAUACAGAGGUAAUUACUACAGAUCAUCAUCUAUUAUCUUGUUAUCAUGAUCAUCAUUCAGACAUAAUCACAUGAUCAUCGUCCUUAUCAUCAUCUUCUUAACUAUACGACGUUAAUCGAAGUCAAUUCGUUCUGUGAUAGCUACAAUUAAUUUAGGUACGUAUGUACAUACUCGCGCGUUCGUAUUGCAUGCAUGUAUACAAAUGAAUGAAUGCCAUAAGGUAUGAAUGUUUUAGGAACAUGUACGUAUGUGUGAGUGUAUAUAUAUGUAUAUACGCGUUUGUAUUUGAAUGCCUCUGUGUAUAUAUACCUUCCCGACCAUUCAAGAGCAGAGAGUAUUAAAGAUGGUCAGAUCUAUCUUUAGAUUAGUGUUGCUUAGUGUCGUUCUGUUGUCAUGGCUUAAACAAUCGUUAAACGUCAUACAUGUAUAUAUAUAUAUAUAUUAGUUUUCUUGUAUUUAGAAUUAUGCUACUUUGAUUAAAAAACUUUUUUUACUUAAUUUACAUAGCGCUAAUUAUCGGUAUUUUGUAUCUUUAUAUGCGUGUAUAUAUGCUUAUGUACGAAUCUAUGUGUAUAUCUAUAUGUAUAUACAUGCAUAUGUACAAAUAUAUGCAUAUAUAUAUAUAUAUAUAUGUGGUUGUCUCCAUUCUUUAUUUUUGUGUUUUGCCAUCCGUUUUAUUUCAUUUUCCAUUUAGAGCGCUGUUUCACUUCAUUUGCAUCUCACAACGUGGAAUAAACUUUUUUUUCUAU